AUGCAGAGGAAACGGAACAGACGUAACGACCCCAAUGAGAGGAUAGCCGAUGAGCAGGACGAGUUCGGCAGCGGACUCGAUACGGACAGAGACAAAAACGAAGGAUCGAACAAUAUAAUAACAACCUCGGGGAAGGUCUACGACCAAGAUUUUAAUAACUUCAUAAAUGAGGAGUAUCUAGAUGGGUCCGACGAAUCUUCUUUUAAUUUCUCCAGUACGAAGCCCAUUCAUUUGGAGUAUGGUAAUGAGGGGAAGAAGUAUGCCGUACUGAAGGGAAUGUAUAGUGACGGCGGGGAGGAUAAGGAGCGGACUGUCAAGAAGAAGAUACCUGCAGAGGAUGGGGCGAAUCAGGCCAGGGAGGUACCCAAAGGGGCCGCACUAGUUGGUGGCAGAAAGGCGGCGGAGCGAAACGGAGGAACAAGGGCAGUCUCGAAGGGAGGGGGAAAAGCAGACCAAGGAGCUCCGCCGGUGGAGCAGCCGAAGGAUCUCCAGGAAGACAGCCCAGACGACGCCAAUUCGGUUAGAAGCGUAUCUGGGGAGCAGAACCUCGCAUGCGUGGUGAGGAGUGAAACGGGGAGUGAAGUCUCCCCAAGGAGGGAGCCCCCGGGGAGAGAGCCCCUUGGGAGGAUGCCGCUUGAUGGGAGGGAGCCCCUCGGAAGAGUUCACCCCAUAAGCGGCAUCCCUCUAUCCAGUGGCCUCCUCCCCGUUGCUACCGCCAACACCGCUGCUACGGCCCAGAUGGACUUCCCGAACGAAUACCUCAACAACAGCAGCAUGGCGUCCAGCAUGGCAUAUCGAGAAAAUGACCUCUGCUCGAUAAAGUACCUAGUGGUGUGUAAUUUUAAGAGUUACGAAGGGGAAAAUAUCAUCGGGCCGUUUUCCAAAUUCACAGCGAUAAUAGGUCCAAACGGGUCAGGCAAGUCAAACAUAAUGGAUUGUAUAUGCUUCGUUCUAGGAAUAAAUAAUAAAUGCCUUAGGGUGAGAAGCAUGAAACAUUUGAUUCAUCACAAGGAGAACGAAAAAGUGGAGAUACUUAAGAGGAAGAAGUGUUAUGUGAAACUUGUCCUAGAAAGCAACAAAGAGAGUGUUGAAGUUAAGAGGACGUUAAAUUACAGAGGAGGGAGUAGCUACUACAUCGAUGAGAAGCCCGUGGAGUAUAAGGAAUACCUUUCAUUUCUGAAGAAGAAUCGGAUAGAAACGAAAACGAAGACAUGUCUAAUUUUCCAGGGAGACAUUGAAGAUAUAAUAAAUAAGAAACCAAACGAACUAGCCAAAUUGUUCGAAUACAUUAGCGGGUCAGAUGAGUACGAACAAGUUUAUGAAGACAUGAAGGAAAAGCUAAAGGAGAAACAGAUGACUUGCAAGAGUUAUCUCAAUGAAAAGAAAAAAAUCGAACAAGAAAUUAAAAUACACAAAAUGCAGAUCAGUGAUAAUAUUGAGCAGAACCAAUUGAAAGAGGAACACGAAGAGGACGUAAAAACUUUCUACCUUUUCCGACUGUAUCACCUCCAUAGGAAAAAGGAAAAGCUAAAGGAGGAUCUACUUACCUAUAAGGAGGAGAAAAUCGAAUUCGAGCAAGAGGUUCUCUCCAAGGACAAAGAUAUGGCUAACCAUUUGGAGAAAAAUAAACUGUUGACAAAGAAAAGUCUCCUUAAAAUAGAAGACGAGAUUAGAAACUACCGUGUCGAACUAAACCGAUUGAAAGUCACCCUCAACGAGAUUAAUGAGAAAAAGCAAUUCAAUCAGGACUCCCUCACCAAAGUCUUAGCCAAUCAGAAGCUACAAAUGAACAUACAGACACAUUGCACGAAGUUUUCCGAAAAUCUCAACGAACAGGUGAAGGAACAGACGAAGAAGCUGAGAGGAGAAAUGUCAAACAAACUGGGGGUCAUCGUAAAGUUUAUGGAAAAAUACGACCGUGUGAAGAGGUACAUCCAGGAGAGGCACAAAACGAUGUAUGAUAACCUCGUGAAGGUUGAGCGGGCAUUUCGUCUAAGCAGUGGAGAAGAUAACGAUAGGAACGCUUCUGCCCUAAGUGAGGAGGAAGAAUCCCUAUUUCGGAAAUGCAACCUGUUAGAUCUGAUCGAGAACUUAAGUGAGUAUAAAAAGUGCAAAGAGAAAUAUCUCUACCUCUGCGCCAACAGCAAUAUCAGCAUAAACAAUUACAACACGCUAGCCAACGCGCUGAAGAAGGACAUAAAGGAGCUCCAGGAGGAGUGCGAUAAUCUGGGUAGGAAGAAGCAGAAGGAGGUACUUGACUACGAGGCGGAGAAACUCACCAUGGAUGAAUUGAGCGGCCGAGUAAACACACUGAGUAACCUGAUCGAGGGAGACAAGGAGAAGGUGGAAAAGAUGAAGGCACACUUGAGAGAGCUCCACCAGACCAUCUCAGAGAAGGAGAAACGUAUAGAACAGCUGGACAACGAAGUGAACAUAUUAAAUGUGCACAAGAAUGAACUAAUCCAAUUUGAGAAGAAAAAGGAAAUCAUCUCCAAUAUGAAGAAUCUCUUCGGGGAGGACCAGAUAUAUGACGAAGUCAGCUCCCUCUACGAGGUCAGCAAUCACGUCUACUUCACUGCGGUUAAUAAUGCGAUUCAUAAGUAUAACAAUUUCCUGGUGGUAAAAAAUGUGGACGUCGCUGCGAAAUGUAUUCGCUACCUCAAGGACAAUAAGGUGCACAAGAUGGAUUUCAUUCCUAUGGAGGAUUUUGUCAAACAUGUGAAGCGCAGGAGGGGUCAGCGUACACAUAGGGAAGGACCCCCACAGGGGAAUGAAGGCUUUACCGGCUACGCUUCCUUCGGGGGGGAGGACCCCUCGGAGGAGACUUGGCACGAGGAAGACCAUCAAAUGAUGGAAAAAGUAAUGAAUACAUUUAAGAAGAAGAACAUCGUUCUGGCAAACAACUGUCUCGUGUGCGACGAGCAGUUUAAGAUCCUAUUUGACUACCUCAUAGGGACAAACACACUGAUCGUGGAACGGAUAAAAGACGCAGAGGAGGUGAGAAGCAAGUUCCCACAUCUGAAUGCAAACAUGGUGACACUAAAUGGACACAUCGUAUCAAAGAAUAACAAUCUAAUCGUCGACAUAUCAUCCACACACGGAGACAAAGAAAGAUACAGUAACAGGAGACUCAACAUCAGCAUGUAUAAUAAGAUCCUCAAUGAGAAGGAGGAAUGUCGAAGCAUCAUCAGCGACUGCAAUAAGAAGGUCAUUCAGACGAAUGAACAGAUUAACAAAACGAAUUACGAACUAGAGUUAAAUAAGAAAAAGGCAGCUAGUUUGUUAAUAAAGAAGGAGAUCUUCGAGAAAGAAGUUGAAGGAAAACAAGCCACCAUACAGAGUUAUCAAGACAGGAUUGAAAAAAUAAAGAACGUACAGAUGAAGAAAAAAAUUGAUAGUCUAGAGAGUUACGAAUCGGAGCUGCUGAAAGAGCGAAAAGGAUUGGCGUCUUACCAGAAGGAUUCUUUUAAAAUACUAAAUGAGAGGUUCCAGAUGGAAAAUAUUUACGAGGCCAUUGAAAGGAGUUCAAAGGAAAUGGAGAAAAUAGACGAUCACAUUGAUCGCAUAAAGAACAACAUAAAGAAGCUAAAUGACGACAUUAACGAACUGACAGACAAACGAAACGAAAUUCAACUAUUUCACAAGAAGGAGAAGGCCGCAAAACAGGAAGAGACUAUCAAAAUGGAUCUAUACAAACUGAAUGAGGAGGAGAAGGAGCAGAUGGAUAAAAUGCACCAAACGGAAAACGUCAUUCGGGAGAGAGACAUCGAACGGGACACUCAUCUGAAGAAUCUGGUCCAAAUCAACCAAGAGCUCAAUGACCUGCGAGAUCGAAUAAAUGGGAACUUCGAAAAGUAUGAGACGAUGCAGAGCAAGGUGGAUAACUGUCGCAAGAAGAUUCUAAUUUACGUCACGCUGGUGAAGGACCUCAUCAGCGAGUGCGACAUGAAUGGCGUCAAUGUGUUCGCGGCGAGUUACGCGAUUGCCGAUGAGCGGGGUGGGAAGGCCCAAACCCGGCACAGAACAACGCGGCGUACACGCAAGGGCCGCGUGAGCAAGCUCCUGCAGGGAAGCGAGGAGGACGACUCGGACGGGGGGAGCGCCGCCAGCGGGAGCAGUACUCGGGGUAGUGGUAGCGAAGACGAAGAAGAUAAAGAAGAUAAAGAAGACAAAGACGAGGAAGACGAGGACGAAGAAGAGAUAGACCUCACUCUGGCCAACAUCUCCUUCGACGCACUCCCAGAGGAGCUGAAACAAAUGGACAACGAACAGGAAAUCAAUACAGAGCGGGAGAAGCUUGAAAAAGAAAUCGAAAAGAAAAAAAAACUACUCAAAAUGAGGAACAUAAACACAAGUGCCGAAAAAGAGUAUGAACAAUUAAUCUCCAAAUUGAAACUUAUCGAUGCUUCUCUCUCAAAUGAGCGAAAGGAAUGUAAUCUCUUCGAACGAAACUUUCGCAUUUUACAAAAAAAAAGAUCAUACAAGUUUCUCCACUGUUUUAACUACAUAAAGAAUGUCAUCGACAAUGUGUAUAAUAAUCUAACAUACAGUGUGAAGCAUCACGUGGGAGGGCAAGCUUUUCUGGAUCUCUUUAAUCUGAACGAAUUCAAUAAGGAUGAUGAACCCUUUUACUGUGGCAUUCGAUACAAUAAUAUGCCACCCAUGAAACGUUUCUUUGAGAUCAGCGAGUUAAGCGGUGGAGAAAAGAGCAUGAGCGCACUGGCACUCAUUUUUUCCAUUCAGAAAUAUAUAAGUAACUCCUUUAUCAUUUUGGACGAAGUUGAUGCCAAUAUGGAUCCCAUUAAGAUGAGUGCCCUCGCCAGGUAUCUCAAUUCUAUUAACAGCCAAGUUAUCGUCAUUUCUUUGAAAGAGAAGUUUUUUAGCAAGAGUCAGACCCUCAUCGGGGUGUACAAAAACAAGCAUAAGAAGUGUUCCCGCACGGUCACGCUCGACAUUUCGCGCUACCGCCAGGAGGUGUAA